CGGCGUCGGCUCCACGACACCACACAAAUUAAUUCGCGAACAUUUCCUCGUCCGCGCGCGCCAAAUACUGUGACGUCACAGACGCGUCAUUCAACACGGCAAUCCACGUGGUGGCCUCUACUACAAACCAAUUUAAAUCGACUUUUAACUUUAUCACUACGAGAUAGUACUUAUUAUCGCUGAGCAAAUCAAUUGUGACGAUCAUACCUGUGAAUUUCAAUGUCACGAGAUAGAUAACAUUAUGCUUCUCAUUUCGUUCACAAGUUUAUCACUUCGGUAAUUAUAUAGACGAUGUAGCAUCAUAGUGGUGUGUGGUUAAUUUAUUUAAUUUAUUAUUGUGAUAUAAUUACGCUUAAUUUAGGAGUAGAAGGUAAACAAACAUGGACUUUAUAAUCGGUGGCCUCGCCGGCGUAGGCGCAACAAUUUUCACGAACCCCAUGGACGUCGUGAAGACCCGGCUACAGCUGCAGGGCGAGCUGCGCGCGCGCAGCGAACACAUGACGCGAUACCGCGGGAUCUUCCACGCGCUAUUCGUGAUCGCCAAGACUGACGGAGUACUGGCUCUGCAAAAGGGUCUAGCACCAGCUAUGGUGCUUGGAUUCACUAUGAAUUCAGUGAGGCUAGGAAUGUACCACACAGCCGAAGUGAAUGGCUGGACUAAAAACAAAGAUGGCGAACUCAGAAUAGACAAAGCAAUGGUCUGUGCUGCCGCCAGUGGGAUCGUCAGCGGUAUAACUGGGAACCCAGCGUCAGUGGUGAAGACAAGGAUACAGGCCGCCGCACAUCCCAGUAUAGCCGUGGGGAGACAGCACAGAUAUAACGGAAUGUGUGACGGUAUCGCCACAAUCUACAAGACUGAGGGUUUGCGCGGGUUCUUCGCGGGAGUGAACGCGACUUGCACACGGCUCGCGGUUGGGAGCGCUGCACAACUCACUACCUUCUCAACAUUCAAGGAAUGUCUGCUUGCUCGAGGGUAUCUCGUGGAGUCUCCCCUGACUCUGUCGUUCGUGGCCAGCGUCGUGUGCGGGGUCGUGGUUAUCUGUAUCGAAACCCCUCUGGAUGUUGUGAAUACUCGGCUUUAUAAUCAGGGUUCAGCAGCCAGCAGCACCGCCCUAUACACGGGAGUCGUCGACUGCCUCAGAAAAAUAUACAGAAUCGAGGGUCUGCACGGUCUCUACAAGGGCAUAGGACCUCUUUACCUAAGGAUAGCCCCUCACACGACCCUCUCCCUGGUCAUAUGGGACAUGCUCAACAAUUUACUACUAAGCAGUAAAAAAGUACCAGUCGUUUAAAAAA